AAAUAAAAAUUAUUUUCACAAUUAAAUAGGCCCAAAAUUUUCCACAUUAUGGCAUUUCAAGGAUAACCUACAUAAGCAGUAUAUUGUUUUUCCUCUCCAACAACGUUUCAAACAGCUAUCUCCAAUUCUAAGUUGAUUAUGUACUUCCGGAUCAAACAAUUCCCAAUCAUAUCCUUCCGGAUGGGAUCAUCUAUAUAAUAUACAAAAAGAAAUUUCAGAUAUUUGAUAUCUUUCUCUAUUGAGAUCUCAAUUCCAGAUUAGUCCCAGUUAGCCCAUAUUUCGCCAUAUUUUUUUUGGUUUUCCUGUUUUCCGUUUCCUUUUUGGGCUUUCCAGUUUCUAAAAGUACACUUCGAUGGACUCGUCGAGGAUCACUCUCCGGCCUUUCAAGCUCGCCGACGUCGACGACUUCCUGUCGUGGGCCAGCGACGACAGGGUCACUCGGUACCUGAGAUGGGACUCCAUCACCUCCAGAGAAGAAGCCUUAAACUACCUCAAGGAGGUCGCCAUCCCCCACCCGUGGCGCCGAUCCAUAUGCCUGGACGACCGUUCCAUCGGGUACGUCUCCGUCAAGCCUGAAUCGGGCGCCGACCGGUGUCGAGCCCACGUCGGGUACGCCGUGGCGGCGGAGCACUGGGGGCAGGGGAUAGCCACGGCGGCGGUGAAGAUGGCCGUAGGCAAGGCGUUCGAGGAAAUGCCCGAGUUAGUGAGGUUGCAGGCUCUGGCGGAGGUGGACAACCAGGGGUCGCAGAGGGUGCUGGAGAAGGUAGGAUUUAUGAAAGAAGGGCUGCUGAGAAAGUAUGGCUUCAACAAAGGGAAGAUUAGGGAUUUGAUCAUGUAUAGUCUCCUGUCAACUGAUAAGAUCAAUUCAUUUGUACCCAUAAAAAGUAUUUAAGAGAAAUAAAUAUUAAGUAUCUAAUA